CCACUCCGAGGAGGAGGAAGGGCGGCUGCGUGUCCCUACCCAGCUCCGUUUCCUUCCGGGUUGCGGCCCGCAGCCGCCGCCGCCGCCUCCUCCUCCCCCCAAGCCCUGGGCCAUGAGGGCGGCUGUCGGCGAGGACGCCCAGGAGGGGGCAGCGGCGGCGGCUCCGCUGGACCCCGGCCGCGGGCUGCCCCUGCCCCGAGGGGCCGGGAGCCCUGCGCCGUCCCAGGACAAGCUCGUCUUACUCAAAGGUGGAAUUUUUCUAGGUACCGUUGCUACAGCAGGAAUGAUAGCAGGUUUUGGCACCACACUUGCCAUGACAAAAAAGAAGAAUCCAGACUGGUUCAGUAAGGGGAUUACUGCCACAGCUACAUUACCAGAGAGUGGUUCAUCACUGGCCUUACGAGCCCUAGGAUGGGGCUCACUCUACGCGUGGUGUGGAGUUGGAUUGCUCAGUUUUGCCAUCUGGAAGGCCCUGGGUGUGCACAGUAUGAAAGAAUUCCGAACUAAAAUGCAGUCAAUGUUUCCAGCAAUUCCUAAAAACAGUGAGUGCACCGUUGAAUGGGAAGACUUACUUAAAUCCAAGUGAAAGACUCAGAGGUGUUUGGAGGCGUCUCUUGCAGCAAGAACAGGAGCGGAAGUAGCAGAAGUUUCCCAUCUGAAAAACAGAGAAGAAAACACAGACUGAGCAAGCUACUGACUGAGGUCACUGAACCUGGGGAUGCCAAUUAACAUCUAGCAGCAAGGGAAUUCAAAAUGAAACAAAACAAAAAACCCCAAAACCAAUUUAUAUUGUACUGUUCAGCAUGCUUGGUGUAGUUGAUUUGUGAAGAAAUGAACCCUGCAACAUAAUUUGGAUCCAACUUGAAAAGAGACUAUCUUCUGAAGACUUAAAGAAGAAACUGAUCUUCAGUUGUAAAUAUAAGGACAAAACCCCAAUAACCUCUUAUCCCAGCCCACUUAUUAAGAGAAAUUUUAGGAAAUUUCUCUAGGAAACAACAGUACUUUCAUCAAGUCGAUUCUAACAGAUCUUUUACUGAGCCUAAAGGCUCAGUAGCCUUUAGGGCACUCUUCUAAAAAUAAAGGAGUUAUUUCAAUUUGUAACAGAGAAAACACCUAAACCAAACUAUUUUUGUAUGUCUGAAGGGAAAGUUUAAAACAUCCAAUAUGCAAGUAGUGACCUACUGAGCUCCUCUGUAGAGCAUCAGAAGAGAUCUCUACAAAGUGUACUGUUUUCUCAGUAUUCACUUUUUUUAUUGGAUCCCACAAUAGAGAAUCCAAUAGUUUGCAUAAAAGUCACUACUAUAUUUCUCUAGCGAUUUAAGUUGUAAGUGAAAAAGGCAUAAAAUAGCGAGACACCCAGUCUGUCCUACACAAAUAUUUUCAGCAAAGAAAAUGUAUGGGCAGGGCUGGGUUUUUUGUAUUUCAGUGUUCCUGUGGCUCUUCUACCAAGAGAAGCAAUGUGACAUUUUCCACACUGCAGUAAUCUCAUGAAGUGUGGGCGUAAACUGGGAAGAGUAAUGUCUUACUCAAACAUUGUAUUUGCAGAACUGUAGAUCUGUAAAAAUGCAGAGAUAAAAAAAUGCUAUCAGUGAUCAAUCCUUUGUUGAAUCCUCAAUUAUCAGGUCUUUUUAUUAAUUGCACACAGUCCAAUCAGUCAAUUGUCAGAUUUAAUAAAGUCCUCUUAAAACCUG